AUGCACUCCCCCAGGAAAGGUUCCAAUAGAGUGACCUAUGGGGUUGUCCUGGCACUAUUUAGCAAAGAGCGCGAUGUUUUGAAGGCACCGCACCAAGAGCAAGAAAAACGUUUGAGCGCCGAACAGCCAACGAAGCAAGGCCAACAUCGCCAAGUGGACCAUGAUGCCGCACAGGUAGACAUCGCUCGGUAUGCACCGAGCUCUCCAAAAGCAAAGAAAAACAGACUGUAA